AUGCAUGUGCCCACCACUCACCAGCCCAUCUCCUUUCUCUUUGUUUCCCUGCAGGCGGACCCCCAGGGCCAGGACAUAGCCAUCCGGCCCUUCCUGGAACACUGUGAGAACACACACAUGACCAUUUGGCUGGGGAUUGUCUACGCUUACAAGGGCCUGCUUAUGUUGUUUGGUUGUUUCCUGGCCUGGGAGACGAGGAAUGUGAGCAUCCCGGCCCUGAAUGACAGCAAGUACAUCGGGAUGAGUGUGUACAACGUGGGCAUCAUGUGUAUCAUCGGGGCGGCCGUGUCCUUCCUCACGCGAGACCAGCCCAAUGUGCAGUUCUGCAUCGUGGCUCUGGUCAUCAUCUUUUGCAGCACGAUCACUCUCUGUCUGGUGUUUGUGCCAAAGUUCAUCACGAUGAGGACCAAUCCGGACGCUGCCACUCAGAAUCGGAGGUUAAAGUUCAAUACGAACCAGAAGAAAGAGGACUCCAAGAUGUCCACGUCAGUGACGAGUGUGAACCAGGCCAACACGUCCAGACUGGACGGCCUGCAGACCGACAACCACCGCCUCCGCAUGAAGAUAACAGAGUUGGAUAAGGAACUGGAGGAGGUGACCAUGCAGCUGCAGGACACCCCAGAGAAGACCCCGUACAUCAAGCAGAACCACUACGGAGACGUCAACAACAUCCUCAGCAUACGCAACUUUACCGACGGCAAAGGAGGAUAA